GUACGAAUAUUUGUGAAGUGCGAUUCAGUCGACAGGCGUGAUCUCCUCCGAACGGUAGUGUCCAGAAGUAUUAGCAAUCCUUAAGCUAGGCCUUAUCUGGGCAGACCUUUCGAGUUUAUCGCCAAUUUUUCAACGAUCAGCGGCUGAAAAGAAGACAAAAAAUAUGCCCCAAGCAGACUCUGUGUUCCAAUCGCGCUCGGACGGUAUUUCCGCAGAAGGUGUCCGAGAUCAGUACGCCGAUGGUAAGGCAGCCAAGGUUUGGGAGAUCUUUAUAGGAGAUAAAAAAUCCCGUACCGAGAACUACCGUAACUUUCUGGUGGAGAAAUUACGCGACAAUGGGUGCAAGCGAAUUCUGGAUGUGGCUUGCGGAACAGGUGUCGAUUCGAUUAUGCUGCUCGAGGAAGGGUUCGAGGUCGUCUCGAUCGAUGCAUCGGAUAAAAUGCUAAAGUAUGCCUUGAAAGAGCGCUGGGAAAGGAGAAAAGAACCCACCUUCGAUAACUGGGUAAUUGAAGAGGCUAACUGGUUGACAUUGUAUGAUGACAUUCAGCACUUAAUCGGAGACGGAUUUGAUGCGGUGAUGUGUCUAGGCAAUUCCUUCGCUCAUCUGCUGGACAAUUACGGUGACCAACGCGAGCAGAUUCAGGCGAUUCGUAACUUUGAAAAGUGUGUCAAACCCGGCGGUUUGCUGCUAAUAGAUCAUCGGAACUACGACAAUAUCAUGGACACUGGAGCAACCCCUGCCAAGUGCAUCUAUUAUAAUAGCAGCCACACUGCUGACAUAAAAACUUCAGUACUUUAUGUGGCCUCCAAACCGACGCUGGUCAUGCUGGAUUACGUGAUUAGCACUGGAUCUGGUGGCGCCAGCGAGUUCCGCCUGUCCUAUCACCCCCACAAACUGUCGGUUUUCGAGGAUAUCCUGAAAAGCAUAUUCGAAGGAUCCAAGUCGUACGAGAUCUACGGAGAUUUCAAACCACUGACCAAAGCGGCUAGUCCCGCCUUCUACAUUCACGUCGUGAAAAAGAAUGAAUAAAUCAUGACCACUUAGAAGCCAUUAAAUAAUACCUUUGAUACCGGAAUGCUGUUAAUAUCUGCCGCCUACCAUUAGCAAUAUAUGCUAGCAUUGAUUUGA